GGCGCUGCGCGGCCCCCCCCCCGCCCCGCCGGGCUGGAUAUGUGGAUGCUCACGUGAAGAUGGAUGUGGCCAUCGGGCUGCUGGGGCUGCUGACGGUUCUGCUGGAGGGCAGCUCCGGCCAAGGGGUGUACGCCCCCCCCACGGUGAGGAUCGUGCACUCGGGGCUGGCCUGUAACAUCGAGGAGGAGCGAUACUCCGAGCGGGUCUACACCAUCCGCGAGGGAGAGACCCUGGAGCUCACCUGCCUGGUCACCGGCCACCCCCGGCCACAGAUCAGGUGGACGAAAACAGCGGGAAGUGCCUCGGACAGAUUCCAAGACUCGAGCGUGUUCAACGAGACCCUUCGGAUCUCCAACAUCCAGAGGCACCAGGGGGGACGGUACUACUGCAAGGCCGAGAACGGCCUCGGCUCUCCCGCCAUCAAAUCCAUCCGGGUGGACGUCUACUAUUUGGAUGAUCCCAUAGUGACAGUCCACCAGAGCAUUGGGGAGGCCAAGGAGCAGUUUUACUAUGAGAAAACCGUGUUCCUCAGGUGCGUGGCCAACUCCAACCCACCGGUGCGGUACAGCUGGCGCCGCGGGCAGGAGGUGCUGCUGCAGGGCUCCGACAAGGGAGUGGAGAUCUACGAGCCCUUCUUUACCCAGGGAGAAACAAAGAUCCUGAAGCUGAAGAACCUUCGCCCUCAGGACUACGCCAACUACAGCUGCAUCGCGUCCGUGCGGAAUGUCUGCAGCAUCCCGGACAAGAUGGUCUCCUUCCGCCUCUCCAACAAGACAGCCCCGCCUUCCAUCAAGCUCCUGGUGGACGACCCCAUCGUGGUGAACCCGGGCGAGGCCAUCACCCUGGUGUGCGUGACCACGGGGGGGGAGCCGGGGCCCAGCCUCACCUGGGUCAGGAGUUCGGGGGCGCUGCCCGACAAGACGGUGCUCAACGGGGGCACCCUGACCAUCCCCGCCAUCGGCGCCGACGACGCCGGCACCUACAGCUGCAUCGCCAACAACAACGUCGGCAACCCCGCCAAGAAGUCCACCAACAUCAUCGUCAGAGCCUUAAAAAAGGGACGCUUUUGGAUCACCCCCGACCCCUACCACAAGGAUGACAACAUCCAGAUCGGGCGGGAGGUGAAGAUCUCGUGCCAGGUGGAGGCCAUCCCGCCCGAGGAGCUGACCUUCAGCUGGUUCAAGAACGGGCGGCCCCUGCGGAGCUCGGAGAGGAUGGUGAUCACCCAGACCGACCCCGACGUGUCCCCCGGCACCACCAACCUGGACAUCAUCGACCUCAAGUUCACCGACUUCGGCACCUACACGUGCGUGGCCUCGCUCAAGGGAGGGGGAAUCUCCGACAUCAGCAUCGACGUCAACAUCUCCAGCAGCACCGUGCCACCCAACCUGACCGUCCCCCAGGAGAAGUCCCCGCUGGUAACACGGGAGGGGGACACCAUCGAGCUGCAGUGCCAGGUGACAGGCAAGCCCAAGCCCAUCAUCCUGUGGUCCCGGGCCGACAAGGAGGUGGCGAUGCCGGACGGGGCGAUGCAGACCGAGAGCUACGACGGGAUCCUGAGGAUCGUCAACGUGUCCCGGGAGAUGACGGGGACAUACCGGUGCCAGACCAGCCAGUACAACGGGUUCAAUGUGAAACCCAGAGAGGCUUUGGUGCAGCUCAUUGUACAGUACCCCCCUGCCGUGGAGCCCACGUUCCUGGAGAUCCGGCAGGGCCAGGGCCGGAGCGUCACCAUGAGCUGCCGGGUGCUGAGGGCUUAUCCCACCCGGGUGCUGACCUACGAGUGGCGCCUGGGCACGAAACUGCUGCGCACGGGGCAGUUUGACGUGCAGGACUCCACGGAUUACACCGUGGGCAGCCUGGCCAGGGACACCUACGGCCUCUACAACUGCAACAUCAUCAACGAGGCGGGCGCCGGGCGCUGCAGCUUCCUCGUCACAGGCAAAGCCUACGCCCCCGAGUUCUACUACGACACCUACAACCCCCUGUGGCAGAACAGGCCCCGGGUGUAUUCCUACAGCCUGCAGUGGACACAGAUGAACCCCAACGCCGUGGAUCGGAUCCUCGCCUACCGCCUGGGCAUCCGCCAGGUCAGGGGGACUGCGUGGGCAGGAGGGGCCUUGGGAG